CCUCUCCCUCAUUUUUCUUAGCUGCCAAAGCUUUCUUCUGCUGCUAUUUCUCCACCCCAUUGCUGUCUUCUCGGCAGCUCAAUUUGCUCAUCACACUCAAACACAAGCUAGCGAAGCCAGCCAGCUGCAUUUACGGUGCUCAUGGGGUUGCAAGAGAUGGCGAAGCUGCAGCUGCACGGCCAUGGCGGCAUGCGAGUGGAAGCCCUCGCCGCCGUCGACGACGACCAGGCAGCGGGCGGCGGGAGGAGGAAGAAGGCGACGGCGGUCUGGAUCGCAGUGCCGCUCAGGCCCGUCAAGGUCGGCCGCCGAAGGCACGGCGGAGAGACAGUGGAGGAGCAGAAGGAAGAGGAGGAAGAAGAGGUGACGACGCCGAGAGGGGAAGGGUGCAGGAUACCCUGGGAGGCGGCGACGUGCCCGCCGGCGCCCAAGAAGGCGAGGACGGCGGUGGCGAUCUUCGCCGACCGCCGGUGCAACCGCGACGACGGCGAGGCGACGGAGUACUUCCGCGUGCCGGCGGACCUGGACUCCGUGUUCGCCGUCAGCCGGGUCGCCGAGGCGAACUGAAUGAUUCGUCCAUGCUCGCGCGCGUGUAGAGCUGCAAGUGCGAGCGAUCAAGCCCAGUUUGAAAGACAGAGAGACAGAGGAGAUGAUCCAAUAAUGCAGCUGUAAAAAUUUCGCAUUGUCAAUGCAAUGGAUUUAUCUUAGUUAA